AGCCCGCCGGCGGCUCUCUGCCCGUGUCUGUCCGCGAAAUUCCGGCCAGGUCUCCCCGCGAUGGCUCUCGCGACACCUGCCGAGGGCGCCCUCCCGGCGGAAGCCCGAGGACGAGGACGGCGAAGGAGACUCUUUUGGACCCCGAGCCAAAGGGAGGCCCUGCAAGCCUGCUUUGAGCGGAACCCCUACCAGGCCAUCGCCACCAGAGAAGAGCUGGCCCAGGCCAUCGGCAUUCCGGAGCCCGGGGUCCAGAUUUGGUUUCAGAACGAGAGAUCAUGCCAGCUGAGGCAGCACUGGCGGGAACCUCGACCCUGGCCCGGGAAACGCGGCCCGCAGGAAGGCAGGCGAAAGCGCACCGCCGUCACCCGGUCCCAGACCGCCCUGCUCCUGCGAGCCUUCCAGCAGGAUCGCUUUCCCGGCAUCGCCACCCGGGAAGAAUUG